CUGCCCUGCCCAGAAUCUGCUAUAAAUAUUUGACAGCUGCAAACUCAGGUCAGUCUGUGGGAACUGCUGCUUCUGAUACAGUUGUCAACGAGCGAGAAGGAAGCCACAGUGCAAACCCGAACCCCCCCAACGAAAGGGGGGGAGGUGAAAUAAACGUGCUCGCAGCUUGGUGUCAAUUCCUGAAGGCAGACUUUUUUCACAACGAUAACUCCCAGAUGGUUGGCUAUGAGGACAGCGAGCUGCAGGACUUUGCGCUGUUACACCAAAUAGCCCCGGUGGACAGGCUGAAACUGACCGGGGGGUCCCCCGACGAAGUGGACACGAUCCGAGCCGGCGGCAGUGGCGGGGAGUAAAGCCGGCGGGAAGGCGAAGAGCCCGGGGGAGCCGAGGGGAGACUGAUCGAUAAGUUGCGGGAGCCGGCUCCUGGAGAGAUCCACCCACGUGUGGGGAGAAAGUCCAGAUCCAACCCAGAGAGAGAGAGAGAGAGAGAAGGGGGGAGGAGGUGGUGGUAGUGGCGGGUUGUAAGGUAAAAGAGAGAGAAGAGGAAUUUGCAUCAAGCUUGCAGCCAUGCAAUAAAAGUGAGCGCGGAAAUUGCACCGUCCGCAACAGAAAUACCAACCAGAUGGCUUGGCUCUGCAACCAGUGGGGCAACGCGUCUGUGAACGGCUCCGGGGUCGGCCCGGACAACGCCAGCUCUCCGUGCGACCCCCCUGCCCCUCCGCCGCCGCUGCUGGUGGUGAGGAACGCGCUGGUGGCGCGCGUGGAGGUGGCCGUUCUGUCCGUCAUCCUGGUGCUGGCGCUGAGCGGCAACCUGGGCGUGCUGCUGGCGAUCCGCUCCAGCCGCCGCAAGACCUCCUCGCGCAUGUUCUACCUGGUCAAGCACCUGAGCAUCGCCGACCUGGUGGUGGCCGUCUUCCAGGUGCUGCCCCAGCUCAUCUGGGAGGUCACCUUCCGCUUCCAGGCGCCCGACUUCCUCUGCCGGGCGGUCAAGUACCUGCAGGUGGUCGGCAUGUUCGCCUCCACCUACCUGCUCAUCGUCAUGUCCAUUGACCGCUGCCUGACCAUCUGCCAGCCGCUCAAGUCCCUGCAGCAGCGCUCCAACAGGCCCUACGUGGUCUGCUCCUGGGUGGUCAGCCUCCUCUUCAGCAUCCCCCAAGUCUUCAUCUUCUCCCUCAAGCAAGUGGUGCCAGGUGCCUAUGACUGCUGGGGGGACUUCGCCCAGCCCUGGGGAGCCCGGGCGUAUGUCACCUGGAUCACCCUGGCCGUCUACGUGCUGCCCGUCAUCGUGCUCGCCGUCUGCUACUCGCUCAUCAGCCUCAAGAUCUGGCGCAACGUCAAGUUGAAGACCCAGCGGGAAGCCCGCGCCUCCUCGUCCGCCGCCGGCAGCCUCAUGCUGUCCCGGGUCAGCAGCGUCAAGAUCAUCUCCCGCGCCAAGAUCCGCACCGUCAAGAUGACCUUCGUCAUCGUCCUGGCCUACAUGGUCUGCUGGACGCCGUUCUUCGUCGUGCAGAUGUGGAAGGUGUGGGACGAGCACGCCCCCGAAGAGAAUUGGCUAUUUGUCAUCGCCAUGCUGCUGGCAAGUCUCAACAGCUGCUGUAACCCUUGGAUCUACAUGUUCUUCACUGGCCGGCUGUUCCACGACCUGGUCCAGCGACUGCUCUGCUGCUGCUCCCCGAAGCUCAGCAAACCCGAGCAGCCCAGCAACGAGCUGACCUGCAGCAAGAAAAGCAACUCCUCCACCCUCGCCAUCAGCCUCAAGAGCUCGAGCAGUCAGAAGAGCCUUUCACUUCAUCAGCAGCAUGAGCAGUAAAGCAAGUCCUGGGCAACUCUUUCUUUGUGUGUAUGUGAGGGCCAGACUGCCGAGGCCUUUCUCUAUGUUUCCCUGGCCUUUAUCCAUGAUGUAAAAUGAUGUGCUAAUUAUGAGCGAUAAGUUCUAAUUCCUCUCCAGUGGAUUUUGAUGCACUGAUAAAAGCUUGUCCUUAUAGUGGCUGGGUCCUGUGGGUUAUGCUCCACCAGGAAAAGGCAGCUAGCGGAGAUUAAAUAACAAGAGGAAUGCAGUGGUACAAUGGUUCCUGUUCCUGACUGGUAUUCAUUGACGCCUGGUGUCCAUUGGGCAUUUACACAGCUACCCUGCUGACAAAACAGGGUUGGAGAAGGCCUAGCCGGGAGAGUGGAGUAGAUAACUUUAAACAGCCUGUUCAGGAAUACUGUGACACACCUCUGAAGCGGGUAGGACAUGAUCCCAGGCCUUCUAGUGGGACAUUACCAUUGGGCCACAAGAACCCUUCUCAGGGGAAUGGAUGCUUGGGUUAGCACCCUCAGUUGUUGGGGAUGCAGGUGGAUGGUGUGACCAGGAAACAAACCAGCACCUUUUUGAUGUCCUGUGAUUGCCAGCACUAGCCUGACUAAGGUUGUGACAAUGAUUUAAGCAGGUCCCCCUCUGCAUCUUUGUGCCUUCUCACCACCUCCACACCAGCAAUUUGAAACAACCAUUGGUCUGUACAAGUAGGUUUUUUUUUCCAGGGUGCCACUACAUACUUGUUGUCAGUUUGUGUUUCUGUUGUGUACUAGAAUGCUUAUUCUGUAUUUAUUUUGAUUCAUUCAUUAUUUUGUUGGUGUUGAGGCACUUUUUUUCUGGGCAUUUACUCAUGUCAUGUUACUAGUUCGUAAGAAGUGUGGGAGUUGGUGGGGAGGGAAACAAUGUACCCUUUUGGACAUUUUCCCUGAUCCAUGAGCUGUAACUUCAGCUCAUCGAUACUUGUUGAAUUAUUUUCCAGAUAGCUGGAUAUAUGGGAUGAUGCAAUAUUUUCAUUGAGUGACCUUGAAGUCAGGUAUCUCCAAACAUUUGGUCCCUUCGGAUUAGAGGCUAUUGAUAAGGCAAUGCGUGGAGGGAACGUGAGUGAUUAAGUUUCAUUAUCCUCUGCCUGAAAAAUGGAAGGUUGUUCAGUUUAUCCCUGUAGCUUUAUUUCUGUAACACUGGUGAUCUUAUUUGUUGAAGGUCACUAUUCAGAUUGGCUAUAAUUUAAUGAAAUGGUACAGUAAGGUUAAGGAAUGUUAUGGCCUAAUUCAGAUACAUCGGUAACAUUGAUAGUCAUUCAAAGGAAUAAAGAUGGAAAGUAUGUUCCACUCAAAAAGAUUGUAGAUCCCAGAAUGACUCACAAUUCCCAAAAGCGCUGGACCAAAUUAUCACUCUCUAUGGAUCGCUUCAUAUUCAUCUUCAGUGCUGAACAGGAUUAUCAAUUAGGUUUUUGAGGUGUCAUCUACAUUGGGAUGUUAGAGACUAACCUAAGGAUUUUCUCAAACUUUCUCCUGCAAUCAGCCAUUGUAAUUGGUGGAAUGGUCAGAUUAUCAAGAGGCAAGCCACUUGGAACUGAGAUGAGGAGGAAUUGCUUCGUUCUUGUGAAUGGUGAAUCUUUGGGAUUCUGUACCCCAGACAGCUGUGGAAACUCGAUCAUUGGGGACAUCCAAGACAGAACUUCCUACAUUUCUAGUUACUAAUUACAUUAAAGGGUAUGGCGAUAGUGCAGGGAAGUAGCAUUGAGAUAGCUGAUCAGCAUGAUCUAGAAUGACAGAGCAGAUUAAAGAGGCAGAAAGGCCUACUUCUAUCUCCCUUGUUCCUGUAGUCCAAACAUAGAGAAUUUUCCAUGGGCCCUGUGAGUAUCCAAUUUCGAGAAUCUAAAGCGCACAUUAGGGAUGGGAUAAAGUGCAACAAUCAUAAGAGUCUGGGAUAUUUGCGAGGGGUUGUGGCUCUUCCUAUCUUGGAUAAGGUAAUUUGGAUAUAUAAGGGAUAGAGGAAGAAGUUACUGAGGUGAAAGACAAAAUUAUAAAAUGCCAUUGUGUUCUGAGAUGAUAUUGUCAUGAGAUUUCUAUUCAUUAUUAAACAUACCCUGUUCCACAUA